GUCGGCCUGCGUUUUGUUUAGCGUUGAUCUCGCGGCGGCGGCGUCCCGGCGGCGGCGGCGCGGCGACCCGGGUCGAUCGGGUCGCCGCCGCGCGCGCCCCGGCCGCGGACCGGUGGCGCCCGUCGCCGCGCGCGAUCGAUGCGCGCGUUUUCCGGCGGCUCGCGGAGGAUCGCGGCGUCGCCGUCGCGCCGCGUUUUCAUAUCUGUGAAUUGACCCUGGACUCUGGUUUGCACCAUCUUGGACGUCUGGCGGCGCGGCGGCGGUCUAGUGAUCGAGUAGUGGUGAGAGCGGUGACGAUGAGUGACCGUCACGCGCGUAUGAGCACUUGUGAGCUCAGUUUUGGUGAGCCAAUCGCGGGAGACCAGGGCGAGCUUGGCUGUGACUCGAGUCUUCCUCCCGUGCCAACGACGUCUUCGACGCGUCUCCACACCUGCUCGAAGGCCCACACGCGUGGCGCGCAAUCUGGCUCGGCUAGCGGCGGUAAGACACUAGCAUCUCAGCUUUGCCGAGGCCGAAACGCAAACUCGCGCCAUCCUCCCCUGGGUGUUACGGCACGCAGCUGGUAUCUCCUUAAUCACAUUCCUCGACGGCAACGGCUUUGCAAAACUGUCGCCUGCCACGAAGCGAAUCCCACAGACUGCCCAAGACGCAGCGCUGUGCGCGUACCUGCUCACGAAGACGCAGCCGCAGCGCUGCGCAUCGAUAAAAGAUGAUGCAAGACACGCCGCAACCAGACGCCGCCGCGACCAUGCGCGCCGCAGCGUUAAACGCUACCGCGCAGCAGGGCCCCGCGGCCCUCGAGCUAGCCCACGGCUAUCGGAGAGCGGACGACGGCUCCGUUGUUAUCAACGAGACCGACGCAUUAUCAUUACACGCGUUGAUUUUUGAGAGGGUGCUGUGUCGACGAGACCGCGCCUUCCAGCGCGCCGACGACCUGCGCAAGCAGUUGCGGGAAGCCGGAGUCGCUGUUAAUGACACUGAAAACACCUAUAGAAUCUUGCCGCGCGCGCCGACGACGCACGAUUAUCAGAGGGUGGACGACGGUACGGUGCAGAUGACCGUUGAGGAUCAAGCGCAGCUCGACGACCUCCUCUUCCAAAGAAUGACGGCCAAGAAGAAGCGAGAUUAUGACGCGGCCGAUCAAGUACAACAGAUGCUGCGCGAAGCCGGCGUGUUCGUGGACGACCGCGCGCGGACGUAUGAAAUUCGGCCGCCUCGACAAAAGCGGGAAGAGCCGACGACGCACGACUACCGACGGGAAGAUGAUGGUACUGUGGUCGUCAACGCGCCGGAGCAGGCGCAGUUGGAUGAUUUGCUCUUCCAGCGCAUGAUGGCGAAGAAGAAGCGGGAUUAUGAUGCGGCGGACCGCGUGCAACAAUUAUUGAGAGAUGCCGGGGUUUUUGUGGACGAUCGCGCGCGGACGUAUGAGGUGCGGCCGCCCCGAACCGUGAAGCCCGAGAAGGUUUAUUCAAGGUCCGUGGAAGACGAUAGCAAUAUCGCCUUGGCGCCGCACGACUACGAGCAAUUAGUACAAAGACUACAAGCGAGGCAGCGCGCUGUGCGCCACCGCGACUGGUCGUCGGCUAGAGCGAUCCGCGACGAGCUCGACGCCGUGGCGGCGCGCUGCGGGUGUAGGUUGGUGCUCGACGACGACGCGUGCACGUUCCGGUUCUCGACAAAACCGGCACGGGAGCCACGAAAACGAGUCGAGGAUGAGAACGCGCACGACUAUAAAAGGGAGGAGGACGGCUGCGACCGCGACGACAUCCAGGCCAUCGACGCGCUUCUGGCCGCGCGGAUCCGGGCGAAGCGCUGCCGCGACUUCGGGCGAGCGGAUGAAUUGAGGGACGAACUGCGCGCCCUCGGCGUGUUUGUCGACGACCGGCGGCGGACCUUCUACUGCAAGCCGAAGCCCGACCCCUCGGCGCCGCCGGAGUCGCCGCGCAUCUGGGAUAAUCUCAAGCCGAAGAACGACCGCGCGGGCGUCGGCGCAAUAGGAGGCGGGCGCUACGGUGCCGUGCCGCCGCCGGACGCCGGGCCCGUCGCCUUCGUCGCCGCGUCGACGCCCGAGGCGGCCAUGGGCGACGACUUCGCGGCGCCGCCGCCCGCGCCUCCUGUACCGGUUCCCGUGCCUCGCGACAACGGGUUCCCGGAUUUUUGAGUCCUCUGCGGGCUUCUAGUCUUAUAAUAUGCAUCACCAUGG